AUGGGCCCUUGUUGGAACCCUUGGAGUCGCGAUGAAUCCCUCGAUGUCUGUGGGCGAAAGGCGUCACCGACAACAGACCCCCAGUGCACCACAAAACCCUGCACUAAUCUCUGCCACGCCCACUGCCUGGCCGGCGCGGCUGAGUUUAGGUGCGGCGACACAGGUCAGCUCCGUGCCCGGGCGGGGAUUACUGACCCUGUCACUUAUUUUGUGGAUAACUCACAAGAAAAUUCCUCUUCCUCGACUCUUCCCUAUAUCCCACCCACGGAUCUGGUUGAGGAGCAGCCGGGGGAUGGCCUCGAUACCCUACCGAAGGAGGAGCUGAUAAAACAAUUAAGAAAGCUUCGUAGUGAGUUAGCCACGACAAAGAGCCAGCUAACGAGCUACAGAUCCGUAACUGUAGGCCUGGCCGAGAAAAGAUGUGUGCUAGUGGAAGCAUUAUCCAUAGUGGACACCCUCUUGGCUACUCACGCAAGCGAGGACCUGCACCAGAGGUCAGUGGCAUGUACAGCUAGACCUCACAAAAUUCUGGAUGAGGCUGUAUCCGUUAUCCCCGCGGACACGCAAGAAAGUACGUCUCCAUCCCCUACAUCAAUCAACCUCCAGCAUCCUUCCACACCUAACCCAGCAUCUGUAAAUGUGGUGGAGCAGGGACAAGUAGGAAUACUCACCACAGGUAUUCCUUCUCCAUCCACACCUCAUCCUUCACCUGAACUACCGAAGGAAAGAGGUCAGGCGCCAUCCCAAGUACCUCCCACACCUUCACCUCACCCCUCGCUUGUAUCAGCAGAGGAAAGAGAGCAAGGGCGGUCACUUGCUCCCCCCCCAUCAUCAUCUCAGCCUGAGACAUCAACAGGGCAAGGACGACCUCAGAACAGCAGUAGUCCACGUUACCCACCGCAGCAGCGUCCUAAAAAGGUGUGUGAAUACUGCCAAGGUCGCUUCCACUCAGCUUUGGAUUGUCGUGUGAGGGCUGCCAACGAGAGACAACAGGAGCUGGACCGCCAGCUUCUUGACCCCCCUGGUCCCUCGCCCCUUACCCAUAUGGCGUACAGUAUGGAGCAGCACCCCACCACUACUCGGCGAUGCUACAAGCCGGCCAACAGUGAACUAAAGAUAGUGUCGGCCAAUGUGAGGGGCUUUCACACAAACAUUGGGGAGCUCACUCACAGUGUUAUUAUUAAGAAAAAUAUAGAUUUAGUGUUCAUGUGCAAAACUUUUUUAGAUGCCAAGGUGCCAAGCAAUUAUGCCCGUAUCAAAGGCAAUGGGAAGGGCCUAUUGUGUGUGGGUUGCUAUCGGCCUCCAUCACAGGGAACAGUGUUGCUGGACUACCUAACAUUAAACCUGGACUCUUUGAUGACUGCCAGUCAGUGUGACAGUGUAAUAGUGAUUGGCGACCUAAACCAGCACACAGUCAGGGACGCCUUUAACUCACUACUGGUUGUGCAUGACAUGCACAACUACGUCACCUUCCCCACGCACAAAUCUGGGUCAUCCCUGGACCCGGUGGUGACGGAUCUUCCUUUCCACACAGUACAGUGCUUCCCACUCGACUUUGUAGGGACUUCAGACCACGUGGCUGUAUUCACCAGAGUACAGUUCAAGACACCACAUGAGGAGAGCUUCGAACGAACCCUCUGGAGCUGGGAGGCUGCCAACUGGGAUGCCUUUCGUGCCGCACUGAGGACUACAGAGUGGGGAGGAGUGCUGCGUGGUGACGCCAAUCAGCAGGUGAGGCAGCUCACCGAGCUGCUUCACAACAUGCAGGUCUGCUGGGUGCCGCACUCGGUCCAUAAAACAAAGGCAUCAGAUCAGCCUUGGUUUGGUCCUGCUUGCGUUGCCGCGUCAGAUGCCAAAUACAAAGCCUGGCGUGCUCUCAAGAAGCACCCGACGGCCAGAAACAGGCUGAGGCACCGAGCGGCAACAGGGCAUAUGAAUGCCACGCAAGCAUGGGCUAUAGAGCAGUGGAGGGCGAACCUGAAAAACAAACUAAGGGGAGGCCAGGUUGGCUGCAAGCAGUGGUGGAGCCUUGUCAAAGAUAAGCAGGGUGAGUCGCGGGGCACCUCCUUCCCUGCACUCCACCAGGCAGACGGCAGCUUCGCCCACAGUGUAAGUGACAAGGCAGGCCUCCUGGCCAAGCACUUCGCUGAAAAGAUGUGCAUCCCCGACCCCGAAAGACCCUCUCCGCUGCUGCCUCAAAUAGUGAAAGAGACACUAGUGAAAGUGAUAACAAGUGAAGUGGAAGUGCGAGCGAUUCUCAAAAGUUUGGACGAGAACAAAGCUGUGGGGCCUCAGGACAUCAGCCCGCACGUUCUACGCCAGUGUGCUGCUGAGCUGGCGCGCCCCCUCACUUCCCUCUUCAAUCACUGCCUCGCCACCUCCACAUGGCCUGAAAUGUGGAAAGGGAGCAGUGUGGUGCCUCUUCACAAGAAGAACUCCAAGGCAGAGGCAAAAAAUUACAGACCCGUGUCCUUGCUGCCUGUGCUGAGCAAAGUGCUGGAAACAAUUGUGGCCUCACGAGUGACGCAGCAUCUCGAGCGCCACCACCUGCUGAGCAACAGGCAGUUUGGGUUCAGGCAAGGGAGGUCGGUGGCAGACCUGCACCUGCUCCUCUCCACGAAGUGGAGUGAGGCCCUGGACCGAGGCAAGGCCACAGCAGUAGUGGCUCUUGAUAUCGAAGCUGCGUUUGACAGAGUUUGGCAUGCAGCGCUCAUCACCAAGCUCCGCGCUGUAAAGGUGGACGGAGCACUCCUCCACCUCCUAGAAAAUUACUUGAGAGCCAGGCACCUCAAAGUAAUUAUCAAUGGGCGGGAAUCAAAACCACAGCCCAUAAGGGCAGGCGUUCCUCAAGGGAGCUGCCUCGGCCCUUUGCUGUGGAAUGUGUCGAAGGCGUUUGCAGAUGAUAUAACACUAUCCCACAGCUACGGACUGGAGGAGGAAGCUGCAGCCACCUGUGACAUCAACGCCACCUUGAGCCGCAUUGCAGCCUGGGGAAGGAAGUGGCAAGUUAAGUUUGCUGCUCACAAAACCCAGCUGCUAAGCAUCACCAGGACGAGUGAAGUCCUGCGCCUCGCCUUCAACGGGGAGACACUGACGCCGCGGGAGGAGGUGGAGGUGCUGGGGGUAACUUACGACCGUAAGUUAACUUUCAGGACCCACUUGGAGCGACUAGCCAGAGAGGCCUCAGGGAAGCUGGCAUCCCUGAGAAUCUCCUACCUUCUGGACGCCAAAGGACUGGAGUUGCUCUACAAGUCGCAGGUCCGCUCCUCCUUGGAAUACGCCUGCCUUGCCUGGGGCGGCGCAGCCAGCAAACAUCUCGCUCUCCUGGACAAGGUUCAAGACUGA